AUGGCUGAUGAUCGAUCAAACUGUCAACUAUGUGGUUUAGACAUUUGUGCAACAGCAUUAAAUCAACUAAUUAAACGUGAUCCACCACAAAUUCAGUUGUCAAUCAAUAAUGCCUUUGAACAAAUUGAUCAAUAUUUCCUAGAAUAUGAAAAAAAAACUGAAUUUGGAUACCAUAAUAAAACUCAAGCGGAAUAUUCACCAAUGGAUGAAACACCAAAUCAUUUGAAAUCAAUAAGAUGUCGUUUAUUAAAUAUGUUUAUACAAUCCACGAUUUAUUUGUUGUACGACUUAAAAUAUCUUUCUAAAAGUGAUAUGAGUGAACUAAUAACAUCGAAUGAUAGUGGUAAUUUUAUAAAGGCACAUUUUGAAAAUGAUUACAAACUACUUGGAACUAUUAUUUCGAAUCACGAUGAUUUUCACAUAUGGAUAGCCAAAAUUCUUGAACAUUUAAUUGAGAUACAAGACGAGAAUAAAAUUAACGGCAUGCUAACAACAAACGAAAAUGUUCGUCAUUUUGAAACAUAUUUUACACGAAAUAUUGUAUUUCCUAAUUUAAAAUCAUUGUCAGAUGAUAUAAAUCAAUAUAGAAUUAUAGUGAGAUUUUAUCUUAAGAUCUUCAGCGCUCUUCUGGAAAACCCUUCAAGACGGUUGGAUUUUGGCACAGUGAUAAAUAAUUUCCUAAGCGCUCUAAAACUGCAACUUGUAAAUAAUCAUUUUUGGCGAUAUCGAAAACAAAAACGUUUUCUAUUAACUGUUGGUGAUUAUGAAGAGGCUUAUAUAUGA